AUGGCCAAGAUUGUCCGCAUCACACUCCUGUUGCGAAAGCGCGACGACGUUACAUAUGAACAGUUCCACAACUGGUCGGAAGAGCAUCCAAAGAUAUGGCUAUCUGUCCCCAUCGUCCAGCAGAAUCUUGUCAAGUACUCACAGUUUCACGCUGAUGAGAAGCUUGACCUCUCGGGGACCAUUAUGCCACCCGUUGCGCCGUUCGAUGGUGCUGCUACCAUGUGGGCCAAGAGCCUCGAGGACCUUCAUGCUAUCUUUAGUGAUCCUGUGUAUAACCGGAUCGUUGUCCCGGACGAGGAGAAGUUCCUUAAGCGCGCCGAAGCCGUUCCAAUUAUUGGUUGGGAUGAGGUCAAGUUUGUGAAGGAAGGUUUGUCUGAAGGUACAGAGUAG